GCAUGCGCAGAACCCACAGAUCGUUGCUGCUGCUGCUGCUGCUGCUGCUGGCCGAGGUGCUGCUGCCCGGCUGACCGUAAAAGGCGGACGAAAUGUGGGGACAGAGGGGAGCAGCACACGAUCCGUCCAAGGAAUGUGGUUAACCAGAGAGCCUCGGACGCAAAAAAUCCUUUUCUCCUGGGUCGCCCCGUUCUGGUCCGAUAUGCUGUUCACGGAGACUGUCUGACGGAGCGAGAAAAACAAGGCGCCCUUGAUUUGAGGAAAAGCGACCGUUAGAAAACGACCGUUAGAAUCCACAAACAUGAACGUGUCGCUUCUUCCGAAGGGACCGAGGCUGGAGGUCGCUCACACGGCGCUGGUGUGGCUGUGUGUGUCGAUGUGUGUCGCGUGUUCAGCGGUGGGAGAGGAUGAUUUUAGCGUGGAGGCUUGGUUAGAGAGGUAUGGCUACCUCCAGCAUACUGAACCCUACAUGGCUGUCCUGCGUUCUGCCCAGACCGUGCAUUCAGCCAUCGCUGCCAUGCAGCGCAUCUAUGGUCUUAAUAUCACAGGCAGUUUAGACCAGAACACCAUAGCCUGGAUGAAGAAGCCGAGAUGUGGAGUCCCAGAUCAGGUCAGGAGUUCUUAUAGCUCGCGGUCGCGGAAACGACGCUAUGCACUGACUGGUCAAAAGUGGCAGCGCACGCACAUCACAUACAGCAUAAAGAAUGUGACUCCUAAGGUGGGGGCUCGGGAGACCCAUGAGGCCAUCAGACGGGCUUUUGAUGUGUGGCAGGGCGUCACGCCACUGAACUUCGAGGCUGUCCCCUAUAGCGCUCUGGAGAGCGGGAAGCGGGAUGUGGACAUCACCAUCAUCUUCGCAUCUGGUUUCCAUGGUGACAGCUCUCCUUUUGAUGGUGAGGGAGGCUUCCUGGCCCACGCCUAUUUCCCAGGGCCUGGGAUAGGAGGCGACACACACUUCGACUCAGACGAACCCUGGACCCUGGGCAACCCCAACCAUGAUGGUGAGAGAACGGCAGGCAAUGACCUGUUCCUGGUGGCGGUACAUGAAUUGGGCCACGCUCUAGGACUGGAACACUCCAAUGACCCCACCGCUAUAAUGGCUCCCUUCUACCAGUACAUGGACACAGAAAGCUUCAAGCUGCCACAUGAUGAUCUACAGGGCAUCCAGAAAAUUUACGGUCCCCCAGACAAGAACCCUCAACCAACCAGAUUGCUUACGACAGCCCCACCUCCUCGCCUACACCCUCCAUCAGAUCCCCGAAAACAUGACCGUCAGAGUCGUCCUCACCGGCCACCGCAGAGGUCCAAACCCUCACACCCCAACUCCAAGCCCAACAUCUGUGAUGGAGGCUUCAACACACUGGCCCUCCUACGGCAAGAGCUGUUUGUCUUCAAGGACCAGUGGUUCUGGAGGGUACGGGAUAACUCAGUGGUGCCCGGGUACCCCAUGCAGAUCAGCUACUUUUGGAAAGGUUUGCCUCCCAAAAUCGAUGCUGUCUAUGAGAACAGUGAGGGCAAGUUUGUCUUCUUCAAAGGUCACCGUUUCUGGGUGUUCAAAGAUACUACUCUGCAGCCCACGUACCCUCAGGAUAUCUCUCUAUUCGGCAACGGCAUGCCCACUCAGAACAUUGAGACGGCAGUAUGGUGGGAAGAUGUGGCCAAAACCUACUUCUUCAAAGGGGACAGGUACUGGAGGUACAAUGAGGACAUGAGGAGUAUGGACCCAGGUUACCCAAAACCCAUCACCGUUUGGAAGGGCAUCCCUGACUCUCCUCAGGGUGCCUUCGUGGAUAAGGCCAACGGUUUCACAUAUUUCUACAAGGGGAAGGAAUACUGGAAGUUCAACAACCAUCGGCUGCGGGUGGAGCCCGGCUACCCAAGGUCCAUCCUGCGGGACUUCAUGGGCUGCGACGGUCUCCCCUCGGAUCCAGACUGGGACUGGGGCCCGCCGCUAGAUGAAGAGCCUCCACACUACGACCACGAUGACGUGGACAUUGUCCGCAAGCUGGAGAGCACGGGCGGCACUGAGAAAGCAGUGGCUAUCGCCAUCCCCUGUGUUCUGGCCCUCUGCAUGAUGGUCCUGCUGCACACGGUCUUCCGUGUCAAGAGGAAGGACACUCAGCGGCACAUACUGUACUGCAAACGCUCCAUGCAGGAAUGGGUUUGAAAAGGAAAGGGUCAGAUUUCCAAUUCCAAAACUCUUUGUGGUUUGAGAAACCUACCUUAAAUAUGAGACACUUGCCAAAACCGGUUCUAGAACUUCAAUCAGAUUUGAGAAGGAAAUGGUCCAAGACAUUUUGUAAUCUGAGAAAUCUUCUUAAAUACAAGGCACAUAACACUGGUUCUCUCCAAAGGGGUAGCGUAGGACUUCUGUCAGAUCUGCAAGUGACUCAUACAGGAGUGGGUUUGAAGGAAAGAUGCAUCUGUCCCCAUAAGACUUUGGCAUAAAAGAAAGGGGCAUGCCACAUAAGUGGUGUAGAACAUCUGUCAAAUUAAAAUCAGGUGAAUGAGAGGAAGGACGGUGGAAUGCUAAUGUUCUCCACAUGGUCUCCACUCUUCAGGAGCUGCUGUGUAGAUGCUAUCUGAAUCCAUUUUGAGACUUCAGAACUUCUCUCUCUUGUCAGUUCUCAAAGAAGCUCUGAACAAGUCAUUUAAGGACGGGCUCAAAAUGAUGUAUCCUUCAAGUACUUAUGUAUGUACUACAUAAAAAGUGUGGACUCUUCUCAUGUUCCUCCAGAAUAUUAAUUUAUGUUGACAGACUGAUACCCAAACCAAAUACGCCCUUUGUUUCCAAAGAGGAUCGCUUUGCUCAUGUUUAAUAUUCCGAGCAGUUUACCCUCUCUUGAUCUUCGUUUGAGUGUGAAUCGACAGUGCAUUCAUCUUCAGGUUUUAAGCUGUCUGUCUACAAGGUCAUUCAUGGCAAUCAACCAGAAAAGAACUGCUAUGGCAAUCUCUGUCCAACAAAGAGAUGUAAACUCUACCUGCAAUAUUUCGUUGAAUGCCUUAACCACAUAUCUAUGGAAUUUCUUUUUUCUGUGUAACAGUGUACGUGUGCCUGUGUGAAUGUCGCUGUGUAUAUGUAUGAUGAAGGACGUCAAGUGAGGGCCAGGUACAGUACAUAAUCUUCAAACAUUUGAGAGGUUUGGAACCACUAGAAUUAGCAAAGUAACUGAAAAUGGAGUACGGGCUUCCAUAAAACUCUGCAAAUGUCCCUUAAAGUAAAACUUUAGAAGAAAUUGUCUAACAUUCGGAGUAAUCCCUGAGUAAUCCCUAUUAUAUUCCGCAAUACCAUUUAGACCUUACAGACUGUCCAUAAUGUAAUCAUGUAGCUACAUUGAUCCAUUGAAAUGAGUAUAGAGGUGUGCUACAUUUGAUACAUGACUACAUUGCACUAAACUAAAAUACAUCCAGUUGCAGUAAUAGACCCAGUUAAGCCAUAUUGCACCCCAGAGUCACACUAUUAUACAGUUAACCCUUAGAAGUUGAGAGUUAGAGUUAUGUAUUUCAUUGUGCUAUUCAAGUCAAAUGUAAUUACGUAAUUACUAUGUAUUACAAGGUGAGUUAAUUUGCCCUUCCUUGUUUUGUAAAACAAGAAUGUUGUUGCACCCAUUGACGUUUCAUUAAAUUUAGAUCAUAAUAAAAUAUGUCCUCUUCUAUAUAUGUAAAUCAAUGUGGUAUAUAUUGGAAGUUUAGACCCCCAAUUUUUUUCUUCUUUCAAUUAGCUGCAAGUGAAAAGUAAUUAAUGUAAUAUUUAGUAA